UUAAAUUAAUGCGCAUAUAUAUUUUGAUGUAUGUAGAUAUAAAUGCACUUACAUAUGCAUAUACAAAUGUAUUCGUGUGACACAAGAGUGCUCCCAUUGUUCACAUGUAUAAAUACCUCCUGUUCACGACGAACGUCGAAUAGUUACUAUUAUACAUCAAUCGACGUAAGGAGUUUCAUUACGGUCAUAGACAUAAAGCUGCAAUGAUCGGUAUGAGCAAAAUAUUCUAGUAAAAAGCCAAGAAUGGUUCAUGGAUCGCAAAUGACAGAAACAGAGAAAAUAUCAAGAAUGGGAUUCGUAGAGCUUUACGAUUUUUAUUGGAAUCAGAAUGCUGAUCCAAGGACAAAUGGUUUACCAUUUAUCGGAUCGCCUGUUAUUAUACCUUCCAUCGUAUUGUUUUACUUAUACUUUGCUCUAAAAUAUGGUCCCGAAUUCAUGAAAGAUAGAAAACCGUACGACUUGAAUACCUUCAUGAAAUACUACAAUGUCUUUCAAAUUAUCGCUAACAUAUAUGUGGUGCAGCAAUUCAUCACUGUAGGCUGGUUCACUGAAAUAACCAUGUACUGUGAAAUACCAGAUUUUUCGUAUAAACCUGGUCCUCUCAAGUUAACUUAUAUAAUGUGGUUGGUAACAAUGUUGAAAUUGAUCCAUUUCGUGGAAACGUUCGUCUUCGUUCUUAGAAAGAAGAAGGAACAAGUUUCAUUUUUGCAUCUAUACCAUCAUGUAACUACGAUCUUAUUAUGUUGGCUUACAACAAAAUAUGUUCCGGUGGCGAUGUCUUCGUUCACUCUGCUCGUAAACUGCGGCGUACACGUGAUCAUGUAUACCUAUUACUUCCUUAGCACGUUUGGUCCAAAGUUUCGGAGAGUAUUAGCUACAUAUAAACCAAUAUUGACCAUCGUGCAAAUGGUAAGUGUAAAUUAAAUUUUAAGUUUAAUCAUAACUUAUUUAGUCAAUUUUAAUAUACUAUUUUUCUCGUUAUAUCAGGCACAAUUUAUAAUUUUACUGAUACAAAAUGUGCAAUCGCUUCUUCCGUCUUGUCCUGUACCGAAACUACCAGGCACUAUUUCGGCGACCAAUUUAAUCAUAAAUUUCAUUCUUUUUUACAACUUUUAUCAAAGAAAAUACACGAAAUCUGCUUCAAAGGAACGUUGAACCAUAUGGAAUUCGUGAAAAAUUGUGUAUUCAAUAUAAUACGUUUUUAUUAUGAUCGUAAAUGCAUCUGUUUUAAUCACAAAACUACAAAAUAUAACCUAAUCAAUGAAAGAAGACGCUUUCGAAAGAGAUAUAACGAAAACUACCGCUAUAAAUAUUAUUUCAAUGAAUAGUUUAAUCGUUUCGAUUGAACUGGCUAUAAGUUAAGUUACCAAUUAUGACGAUGUCUAUAUAAAAAUGAUAUUUGUA